CACAGAUUACGGAUCACAUUUAUAUCUGCGCUAAUUACAAAUGAUGAUUUUUCUUGAAAUUUAAUAUAAACUAAUAAAUAUUUAAUAAUUUGUAAAUUAUGGAAGCAAAUAUGACUAACAAAGAGAUAUUAGAACUCAAAUGUGAAUUCGAUACACUUACUCGUCCUGAUGGUUCUAUACUAUUUUGUGAAGGAGAAACAACUGUUUUAGCAGGACUGUAUGGCCCUGUUGAAUGCAAAGGAUCGAAAAUGUUGACUGAUAAAGCUUUAAUAGAAAUGAAUUAUAGACCGAAAUCUGGUCUUCCCUGUGUUCAAGACAGGUUUUUUGAAGCGACACUAAAAAAUACUUGUGAAGCUGCGUUAGCUGCUGCUUUACAUCCUAGGUCCUCUAUUAUAAUAACUAUUCAAGAAAUGCAUAAUAAUGGACAAUUACUAUCCUGUGCCAUCAAUGCUGCUUGCCUGGCUUGUUUAGAUUCUAACAUUGAUAUGAAAUUUUUGUUUGCAUCUACAACAUGUUUUCUCAUCAAUGAUGGUAGUCUCCAGAUUGAAACACCUCCUAUAAAAGAAAAUAUACAGGCUGUAUUUGUAUUCACUUUUGAUAGUAUUAAAGGUGAUGUGGUUGUAUCACACACGGAAGGAGUUUUUUCUGUAGAAAAGUACAAAUUAGCAUUAGAGAAAUGUAGAGAGCAAAGUAAAUAUGUUUUUGAAUUCAUAAAAAGUAAAAUAACAAAUAGAAUAACUCAAACUUAGUUGAAAGAGGAUAUUUUAAAAUAUAUUUUGAACUUGUUCAUUUUAGACCAUAAAUUCACUUCAUAAAUAAAGAUAUAUUUCUUACUA